UAAUGGGAGAGACCGUUUUUUGAAGUUUAGAUUUUCGGGCCUGGCUGCCACUAUGGAUGAGCAGCAAGCUUUGAAUUCAAUCUUACAGGAUUUGGCAGUCCUCCAUAAGGCAAGUCGUCCUGUGUUGCCUCUACAAGAAACAGGCAAAGAGAAAUCAACUUCGCCAAAAAAACAGAAUGACAUUCGAGUCAAAUUUGAACAUCGAGGCGAAAGACGAAUCCUGCAGUUUACUAAACCUGUCAAGCUAGAAGAUCUUUCAUCAAAAGCUAAAGUUGCCUUUGGACAGCCAAUGAGCUUGCAUUACAGCAAUAAUGAGUUGGUGAUCCCAUUAACCACCCAGGAGGACUUGGACAAAGCUAUUGAGCUCCUUGAUCGUAGUGUUCACAUGAAAAGCCUCAAGAUAUUGCUUGUUGCCCAUGGAAACUCACAGGGUAACAUGGACCCUCUGCCAUCAUUAGAAGACUUGGAUAAUACAGUUUUCAGAGUGACAGAGAGGAAAAGCAGGCUUUCUGUAAUAGGUUAUUAUGCUCGUGAUAGAAGCUCACCUCCUCCAGGAUACAUUCCAGAUGAGCUGCACCAGGUGGCCCGGAAUGGGUCAUUCACCAGUAUCAACAGUGAGGGAGAAUUCAUUCCAGAAAGCAUGGAUCAGAUGUUGGACCCAUUAUCGUUGAGUAGUCCUGAAAACUCUGGCUCUGGGAGCUGCCCCUCUCUCGACAGCCCUUUAGAUGGAGACAACUGUCCCAAAUCCCGAAUGCCAAGAGCACAGAGCUAUCCAGAUAACCACCAAGAAUUAUCAGACUAUGAUCUCCCAAUAUUUGAGAAGUUUGGAAAAGGUGGAACUUACCCUCGAAGGUAUCAUAUUUCAUACCAUCACCAAGACUACAAUGACGGUCGUAAAACUUUUCCAAGAGCUAGAAGGACCCAGGGAAACAGUCUACGAUCCCCAGUUAGUUUCAGCCCAACUGAUCACUCAUUGAGCACAAGCAGCGGGAGCAGUGUUUUCACUCCAGAAUAUGAGGAUGGCCGGAUGCGAAGAAGAGGAAGUGACAUAGACAAUCCCACCCUGACUGUAAUGGAUAUCAGUCCUCCCAGUCGCUCCCCAAGAGCACCAACAAAUUGGAGACUUGGUAAGCUACUGGGCCAAGGUGCAUUUGGCAGAGUUUAUUUGUGCUAUGAUGCAGAUACAGGACGAGAACUAGCUGUGAAACAAGUUCAAUUUGAUCCUGAUAGCCCAGAGACCAGCAAGGAGGUAAAUGCACUUGAAUGUGAGAUUCAGCUGUUGAAAAACCUACUGCACGAGAGGAUUGUUCAGUAUUAUGGCUGCUUGAGGGACCCCCCAGAAAGAACACUCUCUAUAUUCAUGGAAUAUAUGCCAGGGGGCUCAAUUAAAGAUCAAUUGAAGGCAUAUGGUGCACUCACGGAAAAUGUGACUCGAAAGUAUACGCGGCAGAUUUUGGAAGGAGUUCACUAUUUGCACAGUAACAUGAUUGUACAUAGAGAUAUUAAAGGAGCAAAUAUUCUGCGGGACUCUGCAGGAAAUGUUAAGUUGGGUGAUUUCGGUGCCAGCAAGCGGCUGCAGACAAUUUGUCUGUCUGGCACGGGAAUGAAAUCUGCCACAGGAACUCCUUACUGGAUGAGCCCGGAAGUUAUCAGUGGAGAAGGGUAUGGGAGAAAAGCAGAUAUCUGGAGCGUAGGCUGUACAGUGGUGGAAAUGCUCACUGAGAAACCGCCCUGGGCAGAAUUUGAAGCCAUGGCUGCCAUCUUUAAAAUUGCCACCCAGCCAACCAAUCCCCAGCUGCCACCUCAUGUCUCAGACCAUGGUCGAGAUUUCCUAAAACGUAUUUUUACUGAGGCCAAGUUGCGACCAUCUGCAGAUGAACUGCUAAGACACACAUUUGCACAUUAUCACUGAUGGCCUGCCUCA